GUUUUCAGUGGAUGGUACGCCCAUAAGAGUGUUGAAGAACGCAGAGCAUUUAGGAGUUCCCUUUCCAAAGAACCAACCCAUGAAGCUACAUUCGACAUCUUCUUCAUCUCCAUGCAAAGCUUCAGCCUGGUUGAGCCAAGAAGCAUUGGACACAAAUGAGCAAGAGAAGUUGAAAUGGGUUCAAAAGAAUUAUAUGGUCUAUAAUUAUUGCACUGAUACCAAGCGUUUUCCUCAGGGACUUCCCCCCUGA